UAACUCACUGAUCAUAUAUUGAUAGGGCUUCAGAGAUGUGGGAAGAGUUGUAGACUGAGGUGGACUAAUUAUCUGAGACCUGAUAUUAAGAGAGGGAAGUUCAGUUUACAGGAAGAACAAACCAUCAUUCAACUCCAUGCUCUCUUAGGCAACAGGUGGUCGGCCAUAGCAACUCACUUGCCCAAAAGAACAGACAACGAGAUCAAGAACUACUGGAACACUCACCUAAAAAAGAGGUUAGCCAAAAUGGGUAUUGACCCGGUGACCCACAAGCCCAAGAACGAUGCCCUCUUGUCCAGUGACGGUCAGUCCAAGAACGCCGCCAAUCUUAGCCACAUGGCCCAGUGGGAGAGCGCCCGGCUCGAAGCCGAAGCUAGGCUUGUCAGACAAUCAAAGCUCCUCUCCAACUCACUCCAACACCACCAGCUCGGAUCGCCGGCGCCGGAAUUCUCACCUGCCUCAACUCCGGUGAUCAAGUCGGCUGCGGAGCCAACUACGCCACCGCGGUGUCUUGACACACUAAAAGCUUGGAAUAGUGUGUGGACUAAGCCUGCUGACGGUGGACUCGGUGGUGACUCGGAGUCGCCGACGUCGACGCUUAGCUUCUCCGAAAAUGCUCCGCCGAUCUCCGGCGGUGGAAUCGGAGAGAGUUCGGCUGCGGCGUUUAUUGAGAUUGUAGGGAAUUCAGGUGGAAUGCUGAAAGAAGAAGGUGAUGAGGAUUGGAAAGGGGUUGAGAAUUCGACCCAUUUGCCGGAAUUGAUCAAAGAUGGGAUCGAGAAUUCGAUUUCGUUCAUGGAAGGUUCGUGGAGUCCGGAGUCGGUGAGGAAUGGUAAUAAUGAGAAUAUUCACAGUGGGAAUUUCAUGAAGAGAUUCACUGACUUGUUGCUAAAUAACUCCGGCGACCACGGGAGUUUCUUCGAGGGAGGCGGAGAGUCGGACAGUGGCGGCGGUGGAAGUGGGAGUGGGAGUGAUUAUUAUGAAGAUAACAAGAAUUACUGGAACAGUAUUCUUAAUUUGGUGAAUUCUUCACCCCCAAAUUCACCUAUGUUCUAAGCAUGUCAGACACAUAUAUAUAUAUAGUCUGAAAGUGAGUUGGUCCAUGUUCAUCAACCUAUCUCACACAGACUGAAAAGCUUCCCUUGUUAUUAAAACCAUUGUAGACUCUCUUUCUCUUUCUCUCUUAUAUGUGCAUUAUCAAUAGCUCUCAGUGUCAACUCGUCUGGUCAGUUGCACUAUUUCAUUCUUCUUUGUAUCCAGCAAACCCAAAUCGCUGGAAUAACUGUGUUAAAGUUCUACGUAUAUGUAACUCUUAAAUUUAAAAAAAAAAA